AUGGCUGAAAAUCGCAGCGUUUUUCUCAUUCAUAUUGCUAUUCUGAUUCUUAUUAUAGUAUCAACUUGUAAUGCAUAUACAAUGUUCAAAGAUUCAGUUGAUGUAGAACGUCCAGUUAAAUAUCAUCCGUUAAAUGAUCCUAGUCGAUAUACAGAUCGAACAAAACAAUAUCAUAAUACAAUGGAAAAGUUAAAAUUUUGGCGUCGAUAUCUCAAUGACGUCGACGAAGAAAAUUCAUCGGCAGACAUCUACCACAAAAUCAUUUAUCCAGAAUAA